AUGUCGUCGGCACUAACCACACCAGUUUUCAUACUUCCCUUUGCUCUCUACAAAGAACAAACGCCCUCAGCCGUAGUCAUCGCCGCCAAUCCAACAGCGACAACAAUACAAUUAUACUGUCCCGACGAAGUCUCCGCAGCAUGCGAAUCAUCUGGGUACAAUAACUCCAUUGUAAUCGGACCAUGGGCAAGUAAGACUGUCCCAGCUGGCGCGGCUUCAACAGGCGUCUUCCAUUGGAUGUUGGCUUUGAAUGAUCUGGGCGGCGCCAGCUCUGUUGAGUGCCUUGUGAGCAGUGGGACGCCUCAGAUUUGUACGACCAUGGCGCUGCCGAAGGAAACCGGGGAAGACGGUAUUACAGAUGUUGCGACUGGUCUUGGGAGCAUCACGAAAGAGUUUGAGCUCAAGUUUGGUACGCUGCCAAUUGUCAUCACCAAGGGCCAGGAACUGCUUGAAAGAGCAUCUCAGGCCACGACAACAGAGGAUUCCAGUGCUGCUCAAGCCACUGGAAGUGAGACUGAGGCUGCAAGUGCAGAGGUCACGGCUACUAGCGCUUCAACUGAUGCUGCGGCACCGAAGGAAACUAAUGGGGCUGAAUCAAGUGCUGUCCGUAUGUUGGGUGCCUUAUUUAUGGCCGGACUAGCCUCUUUCAUUGUGCAGUUCUGA